UGUUAUGGCUAUAUAUGAAACCUUAAGUAGCCGUGCGCAGAAGCUGAACUAAGAACUCGAAUUGCAGAAGGGGCGGCGCAGAGAAAGAAAAGGGAAGCCAUGAAGCACAAUAACGUUAUCCCUAGUGGCCACUUUAGGAAGCACUGGCAAAAUUAUGUUAGAACUUGGUUCAACCAACCUGCUCGGAAAACAAGGAGAAGGAAUGCUCGUCAAGAGAAGGCUGUGAAAAAUUUCCCUCGCCCCACUGCUGGACCGCUUCGUCCUGUUGUCCAUGGACAGACACUUAAGUAUAACAUGAAAGUCAGGGCUGGUAGAGGCUUCUCUUUGGAAGAGUUGAAGGCCGCUGGAAUCCCAAAGAAGUAUGCACCAACAAUUGGCAUAGCAGUUGAUCAUCGGCGCAGGAACCGCUCCUUGGAGAGUCUUCAAGCUAAUGUGCAGAGGUUGAAGACAUACAAGGCCAAGGUCGUCGUCUUCCCACGACGUGCCCGUAAAUUCAAGAAUGGUGAUUCUGCUCCCGAGGAACUAGCAACUGCCACCCAGGUCCACGGACCUUACAUGUCUAUUGGUCUAGAAAAGCCAUCAGUUGAGCUCGUGGACAUCACAGAAAAGAUGAAAUCGUUCAAGGCAUACGAUAAGCUUCGUCUUGAGCGAACAAAUGCUCGCCAUGUUGGUGCUCGGUUGAAGAGAGCGGCCGAGGCAGAGAAGGAUGAAAAGAAGUAGAUGGUUCCAAUGUUUUCAACUGCAUGCCCAUGUGUUUCGAGUGAAAAUUCAAGUUGCUAUAGUGUUCGGCAUUUAAUUAAGUUAUGUUUUUACCCCGCUUUAUAUGAUGUGCAAACCUGAGUUAUGAGUUCAAUUUUGAAAUGAUUAGAGAUUGUUAUUUAUGCAUAUUGAACAUACGCUGAUUUUCAUCGGUUUUGCACCUAUGAUUUUUAAGUCAGAGA